GUCGGAACUUUGUAGUGUAACAUCCGGUCGUUGCUCGGUGUAGCCGGUAAUUGUUUCAUCGGUAACCAAGCAACAAUGUCUUCGGUUGAGUGUUUGAGAGAGUUCGUCAACGAGCGACUAUCUGCUGCUGCUGAAGAAAUAUUCGGAGUUUUUAAAAGAACUGUCGUCGAGUACCAGGAAGAGAUCGACCGGCAGCGCAGAAUGUUGGAUGUUUUUUGGAAACCCGAAGUGAAGUUACACAGGAUAAAGCUCCCACAGCCACGUGUGUGUACGGAGGAGGAGGUUCUCUGUGACCAGCAGCUCUGUCUCCAGGAGAGGAACCCCAGUGUGGACCAAGAGGACCCAGAUCCUCCACAGAUUAAAGAGGAACAGGAGGAACUCUGCAGCAGUCAGGAGGGAGAGCAGCUUGAACCGAAGCAGGAGACCUUCAUGUUGACUCCUACUUGUGAGGAAAGAGACCACGGUGAAGACCAACUUCUGGAUUUGUGUACUGACGAAACACAGACUGUGGUACAGGAAACAUCUCUAGGCUACAUUUCAGUUGAAAGCGCCGCUGUAGUUGAACCAAGCAAUGACCACCAGCUUCUCUCUCACAACUCUCAUGAAUCUGAUGGCAAAGAUCAGAAAAGAGUAGAAUGUAGUUUAACAUCAAGCAAGGAGCAAACUCCUCCAGGUGAGAAGCCACUUUUAUGCAAAACAUGUGGGAAAUACUUUAAACAUAAAAAUAGCUUGUUGUCCCACGUGAAAAGAGCUCACAGUGUUGAUCAACCAUAUGUAUGCAACACCUGUGGGAGAAGAUUCGUUCAUGAAUCUGUAUUUAAGACUCAUAAAAGAGUUCAUAGUGAUGAGAAGGCAUUUUCUUGCAAAACAUGUGGGAAAACAUUCAAAUUUAGUAGUAGCUUAAAAGUCCACAUGGAAAGUCACACUGGGGAGAAGCCAUAUUCCUGCAACACAUGUGGGAAAACAUUCAGAGACAAAUCACAUUUAAAGCUUCAUACAAGGAUCCACACUGGGGAGAAGCCAUAUUCCUGCAACACAUGUGGGAAAACAUUCACUCAGUCAUCACAUUUGAAGUCUCAUACAAGAACCCACUCCAAUGAGAAUCCAUAUUCCUGUACAAUGUACACACUGGGGAGAAGCCAUAUUCCUGCAACACAUAUGGGAAAACAUUCACUCAGUCAUCACAUUUGAAGUAUCAUACAAGAACCCACUCCAAUGAGAAGCCAUAUUCCUGUACAAUGUGGAAAAAGAGGUUUCUGGAGUUCUAAUAACUUAUUUGUCCACAUGAAAAGAACACACAAGGGUGAAAUGUCAUAGAUGCAACUCCUGUGAGGAACUAUUCUGAUCAAUUUUUAAGAUUAGAAAGGCUGAAGCUUUCUAUUAGAACGGAACAUGAAUGCUGCAUCUGCAGAACAAGAAAAGUGCAGAUUCAUCAAAUAAGUUAAUUUACAACCUGCUACAGAUAGGAGCCAUUAUAAGUAGAAUUCAAGUGCUACAUUUGUUUUGUGUCUUUUAGUCAAAGUAUAGUAUGAAGAGCUGUGUCUUUAGUUUGAUGUAAAGACUCUGCGCUCCUGGUGUGUAUUUCAGUAAUCUCUUCUGACAGGCAUAACCGUCAGCCGAAACCCGACUGGAUGAGCGUUCACUCAUUAAAUGAAUACUUGCGGUUAAAGAAUUUACCGUUAUUCCCCAAAUCUUUAAAACAAUUUUUGUUGCACAUUAGGUGAACAUAUCCUGCAAAUGUUUCCCAUGUUUGAUAAAUAUAUUCAUCUAAAAAAAAUAAAAUCAAUCUUGGAAAUUCUUUUGCAAAUUAAAUUGAUUCAUCUGUUAAACUGAUAAA